AUGGAAACCCCCUUCCAGCUGCACAACGACUUCUUCCCAGAGCAGCAGCAGCAGCUCGAGCACUGUAGGUACCAGCACUAUUACUGCGGACGGGAGCAGCAGCAGCAGCAGCAGCGCCUCGGCAAGCAGCACGACCAAUGUUGCACCUGCAAUAGCUGCAACACCUGUGAUGCGAGAAAAAGCCUCGUCUUUCGCGGGACGUCGCCGACCACUGUGGGAACUUUAAGGACACCUUCAGAGACAUCAUCGAGGCAAGGCUACCAGCAGAGUACCGCCUGCGACUUCACACCUUCUAGUCAUGGUAGUUCAUCCAGAUAUCCUCAUCCUCACCAACAUCAGCAGCAGCAGUACUAUCGUCAGCGGGGCAGCCUCGGAAGCAGCCACAAAGACAGCAACUCCUACAAUGAAAUAGCCAUGAGCAGCUGCAGGUACAACGGCGGUGUCAUGCGCCCGCUGAGCAACUUGGGCUCAUCCCGCAGAAACAUACACGAGUUCGAUUCCGAGUCGCAGCCUCUGCAGCCCAUCUGCGCCGCAGAUGCGUCGGACACUCUUGUAUCCAAGCCGGAGAACAAUUCCGCCAACCUGAUGCCUUAUGCGUCGGUGGACGGAGGGGGUGGCUGCGGCCACAGCAGCGGCAAAUCGGGGAAGAAGAAGAACCAGAACAUUGGGGAGAAGCUGGGACACCGACGGGCCUUGUUUGAGAAGAGGAAGCGCCUCAGUGAUUAUGCUUUAAUCUUCGGGAUGUUUGGGAUCGUAGUGAUGGUAAUAGAGACUGAACUGUCAUGGGGAGCCUAUGGAAAGGAAUCCCUGUAUUCAUUAGCUCUAAAAUGCCUGAUAAGCCUUUCUACAAUCAUUCUCCUGGGGCUGAUUAUCAUAUACCAUGCAAGAGAGAUACAGCUUUUUAUGGUAGACAAUGGAGCCGAUGACUGGAGGAUAGCCAUGACAUAUGAGCGCAUCUUCUUCAUCUGCCUGGAAAUCCUGGUGUGCGCCAUACACCCCAUCCCAGGGAACUACACCUUCACCUGGACGGCCCGUUUGGCAUACUCCUACGUCCCAUCAAAGACAGAUGCGGAUGUGGACAUCAUCCUGUCCAUCCCAAUGUUUCUGAGGCUGUAUCUCAUCGCUCGGGUCAUGCUGCUCCACAGCAAGCUCUUUACUGAUGCCUCUUCCCGGAGCAUCGGUGCCCUCAACAAGAUCAACUUCAAUACUCGCUUUGUGAUGAAGACCCUCAUGACCAUUUGUCCUGGCACUGUUUUGCUGGUCUUCACCAUCUCGCUCUGGAUCAUCGCUGCAUGGACAGUGAGAGCUUGCGAGAGGUAUCAUGAUAACCAGGACAUAACCAGCAAUUUUCUUGGAGCCAUGUGGUUGAUCUCAAUCACGUUUCUGACCAUUGGUUAUGGGGAUAUGGUCCCUCACACAUACUGUGGAAAAGGAGUCUGCCUCCUAACGGGCAUCAUGGGUGCUGGCUGCACUGCCUUGGUGGUAGCUGUUGUGGCAAAGAAACUGGAAUUAACCAAAGCUGAAAAACAUGUUCACAAUUUCAUGAUGGAUACCCAGUUAACAAAAAGGGUAAAAAACACAGCUGCGAAUGUUCUCAGGGAGACGUGGCUCAUCUACAAAAACACCAAACUGGUGAGGAAGAUGGACCACGCAAGAGUCAGAAAGCAUCAGAGAAAAUUCCUUCAAGCCAUUCACCAAGCUCGAAAAUUGAGAAGUGUUAAAAUGGAGCAACGCAAGCUGAAUGACCAAGCAAACUCACUAGUGGACCUUGCUAAGACACAGAACAUCAUGUAUGACAUGGUGUCAGACUUGAACGAGAGAGGGGAGGACAUGGAAAAAAGGAUUGCCUUGUUGGAAACAAAGCUGGAGACCCUACUGACUAACUUGCAAGCUCUUCCUGGACUCAUCAGCCAGGUCAUCAACCAGCAGCACAGGGACUUUCUGGAGGUGCAGCUCCAGCCUUACGACAAACACAGCCCUGAGCGCUCGCAGUCGGUGUCACGGAGGAGGUCAUCGUCCACAGCACCACCCACUUCCUCUGAGAGCAGCUAGAGUCCAAACGGGGAAUGCCUCCGCUCAAGACUUUUGCCAUCAUAUGGCCAAGUUGCAUUUACUGUAAAGCCUUAUGGUUUCAAUAAGUAUUAUCCAAAUUCUGAUGACAGAAUCUGACUUACUGGGGACAAUGCAUUUUAAAGGAUAACUUCAUGCUGUUCUUAUUUUUAUUACCUCAAAAAAUGAUGUUAUCCAGGCUCUGGUGUUAGACUACAAACAAUAGCCCUUCCCUCAGUAAUAAAAGGGGCUCUGACAGAAACUCUACUCCGUCUCUAUGCAGAGGUAGCCAGCUCUAGGUGUCAAGGUUACCAGACGUGAAACUAUUGCACUAAAGUAGUGCUUCUCAUGGACUUUGCACUUCUGCUGGCUUUAUAGUUGCAAACUGAGAAACUACUGAGAAUUCAAACAGAGAGCAUGUUAGAAAAAGGAUCAAAAUAGUGAAGUAAAACACUGGAUGGCAGGUAAAUAUCACUCCGAGAAAUUGUGGCUGAAAGAUAACGUAAAAGCUUAAAAUGAGGAAACAAACAUGCAUCUCUUAGGUUAGAAAACAACUGUAGUGGUUUUCCUUUACAGAGGCCCCACUGUAGACUGAUUUACUUAUGUUAAUUUUUUUUUUUUGGGGUGGUGGGGGGGGUGCAGAUAAAUUCAAAUCAAUUGAAUGCAUCAAAAAUCUGUACUUGCACUUAAUUUUUAAUGAAUGCACUUCAAUGCUGGCUAACAUAUGUUGUGACAAUGUGUAACCCAUUAAAAGAAGUCAUUUGGGCAUGGGGGUUUUUUGUCAGUUAUCAGUUUGUAGUUUUGUCUAAUUUACAAAGCCCCAUUUUCUUCUUUUUUUUUUUUUUCUUUUUUUUUCAACUUUUCUCUUGAUACAAAUGCAUUCACUUAGGCUUGUAGAGGUCUAUAGAAAUGCACUGAAUCAUCAUAAAGUGAUU